GUCAAGUUGCCCAAGUUGUCAACAAUAACAUUGGGGUGUUUUCGUGGUUUGUUUUGCUAUUUUGAUGAAAAAUGACCGCUGAAACUUUACAAAAUACGACGAAAACGUUUAAAUUCUCGUAUCCAACAUGCACGAACGAGGACUUGCUGUUCAAGUUGGAGGUUCCAGUGGAAAUACCUCACGGCGGCUCGACGAGAGAGCUCGUGCAAAGAGUUCUGAAGAUGUUCCACAUUCCUGUGUAUUUGGAAGAUGAACUCAAUGAAAAACUAGCUGAGUUUGUAGCAGAGGAAACCAAAAAAUUCCACAAUGAGAGAGAUGCAAAACUUUUGGAUCAAUUGAAAAAUAGUGAAUUAAAUAUUGAAGGGAUAGUUAAGAAUUGGGAAAAGCUGUUCAAAGAGAAUGUCAUAGAUUUUGCUGAACAGAAAGGAUCUUCGGAUGAGGAAGUGUUUGCGGCUGCAUACCACAAACUAGUGCACUCCCCAGCCCUAGACACUAUCCUGCAGGUGGAGGCCAACUACGCCAAGACUGUCAUGAACAUGCUGAAGAAUAGGGAUGAAGAUAUUAAAAAGCUCACACAGACGCAAACAGAAGAAAUGGAAGAAAAGAUGCGUUUACUAAACACACUAACCACUGAAGAAGAGAUCAAUGAACUUGCAGUACAGCACUUUGAGCAGCAAAGUUUAGCAGCCGGGCGCUGGGACUCGCAGCUAGACGCUUUGAGGCAUACGCAGAGAGCGGCUCAUAGAGCCUGGCUCAUGACUGCCAUCAAUGAGUAUCAGACUGAUGAGAAAAUUACGCCAAGCAAUUCACCGCUGAUGUCUUUCCCCACGGAGCUGGCUCCUCUUCCAAUGACCCCUCGUUUAGAAGAGAGCUUCACAAUCCACCUGGGUUCACAGCUGAAGCAGACACACAACAUUCGCCUCGCGGCGCUCGAUAUGAUGCACCUGUGCUCUGUGCAGAGACCUGAUGCUGACGGGGGCGGUUGGGCCGGGGCUCAGCCCGCGCUAGCUCUGUACUCGGGUGAGCUAAGUGGAGCCGUGUUACUCGUGGACUCGAUGCCGACUCGCUCGCCGCUGUUAAGCUCGGCGCGAGCCGCGGCCGAACAUCACUUCCCCGACGUGGAUGCGCAGCUCAGGCACAUCGCUGAGGCCAUCAAGGAGCCAGUAGAGAAACGCAACGCCGAACGACAAUCGAGUAAGGAUGGGAGUGAGAAGGAGCAGAGACCCCGCUAUCGAGGGGCGGUGAGACUGCAAGCGGGCGACGUGUUCGUGACUCGGCACAGCAACCUCGCCGAAGCUCAUGUGGUCUUCCACCUCGUGGCGGACGACGAGUCCCUCAAGUCUGGAGACAUGACGUCACGGCACCCGGCCAUCCUCGGCCUGCGGAACAUCCUCAAGGCCGCGUGCUGUAACGACGUUACCUCUAUCGCUUUCCCGUUACUACUCAAAAAUGAACUGACUGAGGAGAUGACCGCAGCGUGGUGCAUGCGCCGCGCGGAGCUGGUACUGAAGUGCGUGAAGGGCUUCGUGCUAGAAGCCAGCGGCGGCGGCGGCGCAGACCUCCGUACGCUGUGCGCCACCGUCCCUCCCGACAUACGACCUGCGCUGUUCUCCUCACUCGCAGCCCUGUUACCCACAAUCUUCAGGGUUUCAGGACCUGUGCGAGCCAAAACUACUACUCAGUGAAUCCUACCGACUUUGCCAGAUUCAAACAUUAAAAAAAUGUAAAUAAAGUGUCAAUAUUUA